GCAACAUGAAGAAGAAGAAGAACAUUUUCAAAAUGAGUUCGCUAAGAGAAGAAAAACAAAUAGUUAUCAAACUAUAUAUGCUAAGAGCUCAGUACAAUCAAAAGAUAAAAAAAUUAGUCUUAAUAACAUAAAGUCAGCAAUAAGAUCUAUUACUUCAAAACAAACUGUUAACCAAUUAAAGCCUUCAGAUAAUCAUAAAAAUAAGACUGAAUUACCUUUAAAAGAUAAAUCAAAAUUUUUAGAUAUCAAUAACGAUAAUGAUCACUUUGAGCAUAACAAAUAUAAUGAUCACUUUGAGAAUAACGAAUAUGAUAUAGAUAACGAAUAUAUCGAUCGCUUUGAGGAUAAUAAAUAUGAUAAUAUAGAUAACGAAUAUAUCGAUCGCUUUGAGGAUAAUGAUGA